AUGCCGGGCGGCUGGGGGAUCGGUGAUCAUUCCUCGAACCCCCCCACCCCAAAAAUGGAUUUCUCCUAUUCCGCCUGCUUCUCUGUUCCCAGCACCGGCUCCCCCCGCCUUCUCGCUCCGGCGGGGCCGCCCGACCCCUACGGCGAGUCCCCCUACUGCUUCAAGUAUGUCGCCCCCAGGAUCGUCUCCAUGGUCCUCUGCUUCGUCGUCAUCGGCGCGCUUUUCACCUUGGCCUUCAGCCCGCCGCCUUCCCAGGACGAGGAGGACGAGGAGGACGAGGAGCCGGGGUGGGUACGGGGGAAGAAGGCGGCACGGGGGGCGCUCGACCCAGCCGUGCUGUCGUCGUUCCUGGUGGCGCCGUACGCCGCGGUGGCCGGCUCGGGGAGGGUGGGGCGGGACUGCCCCGUGUGCCUGGCGGAGUUCGGCGGCGGCGACGCUGUCAGGGUGCUGGGGAAGUGCGGCCACGGGUUCCACUCCGGCUGCAUCGAUCCGUGGCUCGCGGGGCACGCCACGUGCCCCGUCUGCCGGUCGGACCUGGGGGCGGCCGCACCCGUCGUCGUCGUCGUCGUCGCCCCGGGAGAUCGAUGA